UUUUAUUACGGUAUUUAUUUCACUGUCGUUCGUAAAGUUUUGUGUCGAAUCUGUCGUCGAUGUUUUCGUCUUUCGUGAUUUGAACUAGUCAACAAAACCACGUGACCAGCAUUGCGGAAGUACUGCAUGCUGUCGUUAGAAGAGGAGAAUGAGAAGAGGCCACCUCUUGUCCGCCUUUUAAGCUGCAAACAUGCCUCGCUCGGAGAUCCGUGUGUGUUUCUUCGUCUCGUUGGCCUUUCUUCACGUCGCCAACGCAUUCAAGAAUCAAACGUGGCCGGUGCCGUACAGACGCUUCGACCAUCGGCCCGAAGCGGACCCUUACUGUCAAGCUCUUUUCCCGUUCUGUCCUACCGGGGACCGAGACGGCCGCAUUCCCUACAUGAAGGACGCUGACGUCAUUUCGGUGUAUCGCCUGCAGACUCCCGUCUGGGAAUUCAAGUACGGAGACGUCCUGGGAAAACUCCGCAUCAUGCACGACGCCGUCGGCUUCAGCAGCGCCGAGACGGGGGCCAACUACACCGUGGAGUGGUACGAACUCUUCCAGCUGGGAAACUGCACCUUCCCGCACCUCCGACCCGACGUCUUCGCCCCCUUCUGGUGCAACCAGGGGGCCGCGUGCUUCUUUGACGGCAUCGACGAUUUCCACUGGGCGCAGAACGGAACCUUGGAGAAAAUAGGAGAAAUCAGCGGCAAUCAGUUUAACGAUCUGGCCCGGUGGGUGCGCGACGACAACACGACGGGCAUCUACUACGAGACGUGGACGGUGCGGUCCCACCCGGGUCCCGACGCCACCGUGUGGUUCGAGUCGUACGACUGCUCGCAGUUCGUGCACCGCGCUCACCGCAAGCUGAGCGCGCUGGGGGCCAAACUGUCCAGCCGCUCCCAGACCAACUACACCAAGAUCUACCUGUACAGCGGAGAGCCCGCCUACCUGGGCAACGACAGCGCCAUCUUCGGCCAGCCGGCGCUCAAGAACCUGGCGACGGAGAUCCGGGACUUUUACGAGAUCUUCAGACCCCACCAGUCCCUGGCGGAGUUCGCCAUGAGCAUGCUGCAGGCUUACAAGAAGGUGGUGUUGGACAAACGCUUCUACUUGUACUACAACUUUGAGUACUGGAGGCUGCCCAUGAAGCCUCCCUACGUGGGCAUCCUAUACGAGGAGGUGCCUUUGCCUUAAAACCGACAACCAGGAAACAAUUAUUUUUAUACCGUAUACUAUGAAAAACGACCCCUCGGGGGGGGGGGUAAAAAAACAGAUGAAUUGGCAAAAAAGGGAAUUACGAGUAGGCAAAGUUUAACCUUCCGAAAACGAGAACCCAGUUGGUUUAGAAUUUCUGAUGCAGUUGACGAACUAAAAAUGUCCAAUUUGUCUCUAAAAGUCAACAUUUUCAACUCAUUCUUGAUGAAUGAUUGUUUUGUCAAGGCUCGAAUCGGGUUGAUUUCAAGUCCCGUUUAAAAUGAGAUCUGAUUAUCAUCAGGUCAGUUUUCAAGCCAUCUUCAAACGUCGAGGUAUUACUGUGGAAAAGUCAAUACAAGACCCGGUUGGUUUUCAAUUGAUCUUAGGCAAAAUAUCCAACUUGUCUCAACUAGUCAUUAUUUUCAACACAUUUUUUAUUUUUUUUUUUUUAGUUAAGAUAAAACCUGGUUGUCACUGAAAGGUCUAAUUAACAAUCUUUGUGAAUUACUUCUGUGGAUUUGGGUAUCUCAACAAGAAUUUCAUUUGGAAUUUAGCUGAGCUGGACUUUCCCGAGUUGUCUACUAAAAAGUCACACAUUUUUCAGGCAUCAUUGACAAAUACUGAAAGUCAACCAUUCAAAAAAAAAAAAAAAUAAUAAUUUAAGCAAGUACAAUCUGGUGGCUUUUCUUUCUCUUAGAUUCCUAUUGAUCUUUAAAAUUACAGGGAUGAUUGUUUCCUAUCCAAAACUCUGCUUUUAAGUCCCAAUUCACAAUGCUUGAGCUCCUAGAGGUGUUAAAUAAAUUAUUAAUAUAAAACGUAUGUUCUGAAGAACGAAAUGUCCGUUGCAAAGCAUCCAUUCACAAAUGUUUAUUAGCAGACGAUCACAUGUCCAAAGGUCGUGUUCAAAGCAGCAAAGCAGACGAAGCGUUUCAAGGACAGUUGACGCUCCGAACUAAGCAACUUACUGGAUCAACCCGUCAACAUGGAAAAACAAACUUUUUUUUUUGUAGCAAAUAAAAUUCCAUUAAAAAACAAAACAAAACACUACACAACAGCAGACGAGAGCUGCGGUCCAAUCAUAACACGUCAUUCGUUACUGUACCAUCGUGGUGCGUUUACUGUCAUAUUGAGUUUGCGUCUCCCGUAUCAUUCAUGUCACUUAUAAAUUAUCGAAAUGACAUGAUAGCAAUGAACGGCUUUCAUUUACCACUUAUCAUAUACAAUUGUCCUGAAGGUUGGUACAUUACUGUUUUUAAUAAGAAAAUAAUAAAGCUUUAUUAUGUAUAUUAAGCCUCUUCUGUGCUUGCUUCUUGUCAAUUAUUGCUGAUCGUGAAGGAGAUUCAUAUAA